AUGGCAAAUUUUAAUGAUUCUAAAUCUAACCUCACACAGACUCUGUUGAUGGUGGAUCGAGAUGCACCAGUGAAGACAUUCUUGUCUGUGACACCAUGUGUUAUCUUCCUCUAUAUCAAUGGAGUCCAGAUUUUUACCUUGAGAAAAAAGACAGUUUUUAAGGAGGCAUCUCGCUACAUUUUGUUCGGACACAUGCUUUGGGUUGAUACACUCAAUCUCUUUAUGAGUGUACUGUUGUUUGUGAGUGCUGUUAGUAGGCUUUUUAUUAUCAAAAAUGUCUGUCUCUUCCUUCUCGUUGCUGCAACAGCCCUCUUUCAGGUUUCUACCCUAAAUCUGGCUUUGAUGUCACUGGAGAGAUAUGUGGCCAUUUGUUUUCCUCUCAGGCAUUCAGAUAUCACGACUUACGGUAGAACUCACAUGGCCAUUGGUGUUGUCUGGAUGAUUGGUUUAAUUCAGUGCUUUUCUGAAAUGAUUAUUUACUAUGCCAUUGAUUCCACAAACACAGCAAUGAAUUUGUUCUGCUCAAGAACCACUCUUUUCAGGCUGCAUAUAUAUAAGAAACUUGAAAUAGCCUUUACGUGUGUAUUUUUUGUGUCUGUGUGUUUUAUUAUUAUCUUUACCUAUGCAUCUAUAGCAAUUGUGGCUAAAUCAGCCUCCGGUGAUAAGGUGUCAGCCAAAAAAGCCAACAAGACUGUACUGUUACAUUUAAUACAACUGGGUCUUGGUGCUGCAUCCAUUUUAGUUGGAGUUAUCCAAGAGGCCAUGUUUGUUUAUUCCGACUAUAUAACUUCAUUACACAUAAUGUAUUUUUGCUUUGUAGUGUUUGUAAUUUUCCCAAAAUGUCUAAGUCCUCUUAUAUAUGGCCUGAGAGAUCAGGCCUUUAGCUAUUUAUUUAAAUACUACUUCACAUUUGGUCUCAAAAAGAAAAACAGUUGUCAUGCAGAGACACAUUAA